AUGGGUUGCCGGCGACCGAGAUGGGAAACUCAUGGGACCUGCCAAAUGAGGAAGGCGCGUAAUGACAGUGUUGGAGUUGAUGCGUUAUCUUGCCUUCUCAUACACCGAGGCGCUGCAUAUUCGCCUGUCUAUCCUGCAGAUAGAUUAAAAUGCUCGCCGACAACACGUAUGCCAACGAUCGGUAUGCAAAUGUCGGCCACGGUUGGCGAGUCCUCGGCGCCGUGGAGCAUGCCGCAAACAGACAGACAAACAGUGUGUGUGUGUGAGUAUGUGUCUGUGUGCCUGUGUGCUGCGAUACUUGGCAUUGGCUUGACGGCUGAUAGGAUGACGAGGAAUGCAUGCUCGCAGUAUGACGGCACCCGCCGACGCGGAAAUCAAAGUGCGGCUUGUUACUCUGUGUAA